UCAACUUUCCACAUCACAAUAAUAUUCAAUGGCUCAGCUCGGUCAACAGUAGAGUGUAUAAAGAAUAGAUCUUGAUCUAAACUGCAUCUCUUCAGUUUGAGUUAAAAUUAAUGGCCCCGAGUUCUUUACAGUGAAUUUCGUAGUUUAAAAAAUUUCAGAACGAAAUUCAGCAUUCAACAGCUGACUUUUUCUACCUCUUUGGGGCGUAUUGUUAUCGGAUCCGUCGUAUUGACAUUGUAUUGUUAUUUCAGAUCUUUGAUUGAUUGAAAUGCAGGGGUUGUCGGAUUCUAUUCACAUAUGGGGCGUUGGCGUGAUACAGCAAACGCAGAGGACGUUUCAGGGGCAGAGUCAGCUGAUGUUGCUGCUGUCCCACUUCGGAGACCCUCGAUUUGCCUUCACUUUAUAUUUUCCUGCUGCUUACUAUCUGCAUCGAUCUAUUGGGGUUCGAGUCCUAUGGGUGGCCGCCAUAUCUGAGUGGUUGAAUGCUGUUUGCAAGUGGAUCUUGUGUGGUGAGCGACCUUACUGGUGGGUACAUGAGUGUGGAUUAUAUGCGGAGGGGGAGGUGCCACAACUUAAUCAGUACAGCAUAACAUGUGAAACUGGGCCUGGAAGUCCUUCAGGCCAUGCAAUGAUCACAUCAGCUGUGUGGUAUAUCCUGGUCUCAGAUUUAAUACAUUACAAGGAAGUCCAGAGUGUCUUGUUCAAGUGUGUACUGUGGUCAGUGUAUGGCCUCAUGAUGUCUGCAGUCUGUGUGUCCAGGUUGUUUAUUGCCACUCACUUCCCACAUCAAGUGAUAGCCGGAGUACUCGUUGGUAUCAUUUUAGCCAAACUGUUCAACUCAGUCUCCACCUCGGCCAUGACCUUGAGGACGUACCUAGUCGCCUCCACUGUCCUGUCAGCAGUUGCUGUUCUUACCUACUGUCUGGUAUUUGCCUUUGGCCUCGACCCAUUUUGGUCAGUGUCCUUGGCCUUGAAAAGGUGCGCUCUUCGAGACUGGGUGCACUUGGACACAACUUUGUUUUACUCCCUGAUUCGUGACAUCUCUUCCCUGCUAGGGCUUGGUUUUGGACUGUGGCUAGACAAGAGAUUAACGGGAAAUGGGAAGUCCCCGUUCAGGCCUUUAGUUCAUCUGCCGCUUGCUUUAGCCGUGACUCUGGCAUCAGAAAGUCUCAAAUUUCCUCAGGAUAAUAUGAUGUUGUUUUAUGCUUUGGGAUUUUUGAAACAUUUCUUUGUUGUGUGUGUUGUAGUAGCAGGCGUGUCAAGGGUUAAUUUAUGACAGAAGGAAUAACUCUAUAUAGCACACUGAGUCGUGUCUGUCUUUGUUGAGGUUUUUGGAAUGCCUGUGCACUGUAUGUCUUGCCCAAAAUAAAACAAUGUGAAGCUGUCAAAGCUGCAUACAAGGAUAAAUGAGUUUGAAGACAAUUUGAACAAUGUAUGUGUACACAGGGUCUUGGUAUUGUGCUCUAGAAACUUCUUAACUCAUUUAUUUGUUGCAUAGUUAUGAACUUAUCUUGCAUCUUCUCAAAACUAAGCCUAGUGUUUUAAGGCACUUGCAACUGCAUAAGGUCAUUUGAGCGCAAACUAGGCUUUAGUUAGUGAUUUAAUACUAAUAUGCAAGUCUUGUUGGCAAUCUCUGAUAACCGACUUUUACACAUGAUGCUCAGUACUUUUAUAUAUGUUGAAUUAUAUACUGUAGGCUGAAAUAUUUCUAUGUGAAUAAGGUGUGGAGAAAAGAGAAAAUGUUGACAGUGGCAUAGGAAUUAAACCAGUAUUUUCUUUGAAAAGUUAAUUUUAUUUAAAUAGAAUAUGAUUAUUUAACAACUCUGCUGGAAAACCGCACGCUUACAGUCAAGCAUGGAUAACUCGAACACUUCAGGGUUGACAUAUAAUGUAUUUUUGAUACAUGAAAGUCAACUACGGAGGAGUUGAUGUUUCUAUGGAGGAGUAAAAAAAAGAUCAUCUCAUCUGAAGUUCAACGAUACUGUUGGGACCUGUAAACAUGUAGAGGUGCUGGGACCCGGGGAAAAAGAUCAGCUUAACCGAAGAUCAACUCGAACAAGUUUAAUACAAGUGGAGUCGACUGUACAUCCAUAAUUGGAAUAAACUGUGAUAACGAAAAAUACGAGAGAUAUUGAAGAAACUCAAGGGAAUUAAAUGUAACAAAAUAUUAUUGGAUAAUUAAGUGUAUUCUCUUCUCUGUCAUCAUGAAAAGUAACCAGUAUUAAUAAAAGGAUAGAAGGAUGGAUAGUGCUCACACUUUGUUCGGUGUCAAAGCUAGAGAAAGGAAGAGUGGGAUACUGAUGAGCCUUACAACUGAAAAAAAAAAGGUUGUUCUUAACUGAGUUUUUUCCAGUUACCUAAAGCUGAUGCACUAUGUCUUAUUAAUUUAUAACCCCAAAACCUUGCCUCCAACUUCUAAAUUGCGGAAACAAAGGCUUAGUCAUUAACUAAAAAAGUUGGAAAGGGAAUAGAACAAGUAAAAACUAGCACUAUAUGAAACAAAACAGUUGUCACUAGUAUCGUCUGAUGGGGAACAGAGUUAUUGGCGCUCCCAGCGUCUGAUGGGUUUUAAAGAGUUAAGUAAGGUCACCGUCAUGACUAUGUUAUCAGCUCUGGUCAGAGCAUGCCACGACCCCUCUAGUAUUAUUACUUCCCAAACCAUGGGGCCUAUUUUCACAUUCAAACAACCACACUCACAAAACACAUACAGUGGAAACCUUGUAUAACAGGCCCUGUUAUAAUAGGAAUCCGGUAAUAACAGGGAUUUUUUAAAUCCCCAUUUUUUUUCUACUCUUUGUCUCUUUUAAGAGUUAUUGGCAAUAAAAGGGUCUCAUCAGAGCCCAAUCGGUUAUAGCAGGGACAGAGGCUCUUUCACAGUGUGUAAAAAGUAAGAGAGAGAGAGACAGAUAGAGAGACA